CGUGAUAUGAACUUGCCCAUAGUAGCUAGCUUUAGCUGUUUGUUAAACAUGUGCUGUGAUGGCAGCAGUGAGGCGCCUAAGGUUCGAAUACUUUGACGCCAACCGCAGCGAUCCGGCGCACAGGUCGCACUAGUUUUCUUUUCGCAGCCGCAACGUGUAAACUCAAGCUUGACCGCAACAUACAUGCACCUAUCUUUAAAAUGCGCACCUCAGAUAAUAGAAACACGCUGUCUCUCGAGACAGCAGCGCCGGUCUAUGGCGCAGCGGAGCUGGUGGAGGGACAGGCGGUGCUCAGCCUUUUAGAGAGCUUGGAUGUCGAAUCGAUCGACCUGAUGGUGUAUGGGUACGAGGUCGUGGGCUGGGAGGAGGCGCACGCGAAGGAGCCCAAGCUCCCGGCGGCGGACCCAUACGCCCCUAGCCAGCUGGUGACACCCUUGGACUCACAGCAGCAGCAACAGCAGCAGCAACAGCCGCCGCCGCCAUCUGCGGCCUCCAAGGCUUCGCCACUGGGCGUGCCCAGACACGGCCAGCGAACCAUCUUCAAUGUAUGCGUCCCACUGCUGGCGGGCGGGCGGCAAGUGCUGCCGCCGGGGACGUACAGGCUUCCCUUCCGGCUGCAACUCCCUGCAGAUCUGCCAGGGACGUUUCGGCUGGCCGGCACACCAGCACGCACCAUUGGAGACGUGAGCUACCGGAACCUCUCUGGCGAGGUCAGCUACGGCUUGCAGGUGGAGGUGCGGCGUCCGAGCAGUUUCGCGUCGGCAGCCGAACAGCAGCAGCACCAGUUGGCGGUUCUGCGUGCUGAUUGCGAGCUCGUGAUUAUACAGCGCGCGGAGGCGGCGCAGGGCCCGCCAGCCCCCGAGGAGCAUACGUCGGCUGGGGCGGCGGCGGCCAGGGGCCCAGCAGCAGGCGGAGCUGAAGCGGCGGAGGCGGCCGCGCCGGUGCCGUGCGAUGAGGUGGUGACCCUGGUGCCGGCCUUCUUCUUCUGCUGCAGUAGCGGCGGCCGCGUGACGGUGCGGCUGCGGCCGGGGCGGGAUGGCUACGUGGCAGGCGAGGCGGCGGAGGUGGUGGUCGAGGUUGACAACCGGUCGAAUCAGGAGUUUCGGGAUGUGCGGCUUGAAGUGGAGCGCCGCCUCACAUUGGUCAGCAACAGCGCCGGCGGAGGCGGUAGCGCCGGCAGCAGCGGCAGCGGCAGUAGCAGCGCCACCGCGGGGCUUGUGCCGGGAUGCUUCACUGAAGAGGAGCGGAUCUUCAAGAGCAAGACCACGGCCGCCCUACUACCGGGAGCCUGCUACCUGGGAGCCAACGCGCUGCGGCUGCCGGUGCCCCUGCCCUCCAACACGCCGCCCUCCACCUCCGGCGCGCUUGUGCGCUGCUCCUACACCGCCACGGUGGAGGUGCUGCCGGCGUCGGCGACAGCGCUGCGCGGCGCGGCGCCGCCGCGGCUGCGUGUGCCGCUGACCGUGUUCGCAUCCGCGCCGAGCUCGUUCGCCACGGCGGCGGCACGGCAUGCUCACCUGCAGCAGGACGCAAGCGAGCAAGCGCCGGCGCACGUGUUGGUGGUGGUGCCGCCCGUGGAUGUAGUGCUCCCCGCAGCUGCGCCGCAGCUGCCUCCCACCGCCGAGGUAAAUGUCAAACAGCACAACGGCGUGGCUGGCGCAAACCCGAUGUACGCGGGCCCGUAGAGGGGAAGUAGCCUUUUGCGCGCGUCGUUCGGGCCGCGGCGCUUGCAGCAGUAUCUCGCACGGUGAGUACGGUAUUCCGAUUCCCGGCAGUCGCAGAAGCGUGAUGAAACAGGCAAUAGCAGGUAUCGAAACGGCCUGCGGUUGCGUGGAAGCCGCUGCGCUGUUGUGUGAUGCAUUGUUAAGUUGCAUGCAUAGCCCUUGUGUAAAUAUGGGACUGCAUAUCAUUUUGGUUGAAAGGGCAGAGGGACGACCCUGUGGGUGCCUCGGGUCACGGCGUGGCCGAGGUGCACCCUUGCUGCGUAGGAAGGCGUGUGGCGUGCCUUCGGACGGCACGCAGGGCGGUUGAAGUAAGGCACUGGGUCGUGGUGUGUUCAUUUAUGCGCUCCUUCAAGUAUCCUGCUUAUUUGAUGCGUGUUUGAUUGCUAGCAUUAGCAAUAUGUACUGUGAGGCCUACUUUGCUCGCUGCACACCGCACACAUGGACGGACGGAAUUAUGGUCUGUGUCCAGGGCCCUGCAGAGGCCUUUCUAGGGGUGCCCCUGAGAGUGAGCCCGUCCCGUAGCGGGAACCAUGUCGUCGUUGCGGCAUGUCGAUAUGUGGUUCAUUUGCGGACUGAUAUAGCCGCGAGAGGUCAAACAUUGUUGCAUGCGUGCAUGUAAGCUGAAUAGGGUGGAGUUUUUGUGCGUGCACGCAACGCUGCGUUGGUUUCAUGGUGUGUGCGUGGCGGCAUGUGUUACAUGUGGCUUGGUUGGGAGGGAGGUUGUUUCGGGUGGUUGAAGAUGGACGGCAACGCCGUUGCAAGUCGAGACAUGGCUGACGCGGUAAGCUGUAGUCAAGGCUGUAGCAUGCAUCUCCCAAGCAAGCGAGGCGGUUGCAGAGCUUGCCUGUGCGGAUGGUUCUAAGUUGGUUUCACACUCAUGCCCGGGUUUUGGCGGACACCGCCGGUGAGCACCGGCCACAACAGCAAAUCCACGCUGGAUCUUGCUGGCGGUGCUGGGCAGCGUGUGAGACGGUUGGCUGGCAGUACAUACGGGCCAGAGCUACGGUUUACUAACACCAUGAAAGCUGUUUUUGACGACGUACGCAAUUCUGUCGGCCCGCUAUUGGCGUGUGCAUGCGACAAAACAAGAAUACGCUAUCUAUGACUUGCGGGCACGGCGCAUGCGGGUUGCUAUGUUGUGCGGUACCAGACAAAACAAGGUAUUAUGAUGUUGGGCAUCCCGGAAUAUGAGAGUGCCGCAUACCGUACCUUACAUUGAGUAGCGCCGUUGGUUUGGUUGUGCAACUGAAAGAGAACGUACGCACGUGCGCGUCAGGGGCCCUCCCCGAGCCUCUGAAUGUGACAGAACUUCCGGCAUGCUCUGAAGCAGCCGAGCCUGACGCUUUCGCGCAAUGAGCAACACACGCACGUUGCUUGACGUUACCAGAAGGCGAGCUGCUCGACAUCUGGAUGGGACAUCACGAUGGGACAUGGGAGCUUGAUGGCAGUGAACGUGGUGAACUUGUGGAGGGUUUGUCACGAGGGUUUGUACACUGAAAUUUUGGGUUUGAAGCAAGCACCCUGGGUUCAACAAGUUAGAGAAGUUCGGGUAUCUGCACGCUUGGAGACAACGGCGCGUGCGUGUGCUGGCGUGCGCUGUGCCGACGCCGUCCGGCUGUACUUCGUCGCGCGCGCCACGGCACUGUGUCGUGUAGCAAGCUCUGGUGUUGGCUCUAAUCGGACUGCUGCACUGGGGCGGUGAAAGCAUGAAGGGGAAUGCAGUACGGGCUGUGCAGUGUCCAACGGUCUGGGCAACAGCGUUGGGGACAGCGGUGGGGAACGGGGUCCUGAGGAAGGCUGGAAUGGAGGCCGGAUUGCUAGCUGCUCGGCACGCGUGUGAUCUUUCCUGUGAUGAUGACGCGCUG